ACUUCUGUUGGUGUGGGAGCUGAACUUACACGAGCAGUCUGAGAUGUGUGUGGUUUGUUGAGUAAUACGUAAAAGUAAAGGUGGAUGUUAUUUUUUUAGUUGUCGUAAACCAUUAUUUCAAGUGAGUUUUAGGAAAUUUAUUACUACUUUUCUACACUAAGGUUGUUGUUACGGAAGAACAUUAUCCUGAAAUUACUGCCAUGCCUAUUACAGUAAAACAUUUUUAUUUGUUGAUGAUCUGUUUUGUUCUUCACAAAAAUGUUGAAGCUACAGUAAAUGCUUCAGUGACAUUUGACCCUUCUACUGGUUUGUACCAUAUUCAUGAAAACAUUAAAAGUGACUCGGUUGCCUGGGCAACUUUUACAGAUGAAAUUUUCAAAACUGGGUGGUCCUACCUCCAAGUAUGGACAAAUGGAACGUAUGAUGAUACUAUGCAAGUAUAUGCAGCUGGGUUGGUAGAAGGAUACCUCACCAGAUCUCUCAUUAAGAAUCACUGGAGAAACACUGUUGCUGAUUAUUGUAAUGGGGAGAUAGAGUAUUGUUACAGACUGCGGGAGUUUUUGCAGACAAAUCUAAAUUAUAUGACUGAUAACAUUUCUCUCUAUAGAACAACACGGAGUUACUGGCAUCAAGCAGGGCUCAUUCUUGAACAGAUAAGUGGCAUUGAAGAUGGCUACAUGAAUGCUCCUACUCAACCUAGGACUAAAUUGGAUGUAGUUGGAAUUAUGUUUUCCAAUAUCUGUGGUGACCUUGAAGAUUUAGAGGUUGUUCUAAAGAAAACUCGACCGAGACGUAAGCUUGGGGAAGGCUCCUGCUCGGCUCUAAUUAAACUGUUGGAUGGAAAUAAAGAUAUCUAUGUUGCUCACGAUACGUGGACUGCUUACAAUACUAUGUUGAGAGUAUUAAAGAAAUACAAUCUGCAGAUUCAUGUUUCUCCACAGAAAGGGAGUCCUCUAGUGCCAGGCCACACAGUUUCCUUUUCUUCUUCUCCAGGAAUGAUAUUUUCAGGAGAUGACUUCUAUGUUAUUUCCUCAGGACUGGUUACAAUAGAAACUACCAUAGGCAACGAUAACUCUACUCUAUGGAAGUACGUUCAACCCGAAGGUACAGUCUUGGAGUGGAUUCGUAACUUGGUCGCUAACAGAAUGUCAAAGACUGGAGCUGAAUGGGUGAGCUGGUUUAAGAAGUUCAACAGUGGAACGUAUAACAACCAGUGGAUGAUAGUGGACUACAAACGAUUUAAACCAGGUAAAGAGAUAUCUCCUGGACUUCUUUGGGUACUGGAGCAACUGCCGGGUCAUGUGGUGAGUGGAGAUGUCACAAAAGUGCUGCUGAAAAAUGGUUACUGGGCCAGUUAUAAUACUGCAUAUUUCCCGGAUAUCUUCAACAUGAGUGGAAGUGCGGAGAUGGUUAAAAAGUUUGGAGAUUGGUUCAGCUACGAUCGUACUCCUAGAGCUUUGAUUUUUAAGCGCGAUCAAGGGAACGUUCACGAUAUUGACAGCAUGACUCGUCUAAUGAGGUACAAUAACUUCACCAAAGAUCCACUGUCUCGAUGUAACUGUACACCCCCAUAUAGUGCAGAAAAUGCUAUUGCAGCUCGUUGCGACUUGAACCCUAAGAAUGGAAGCUAUCCCUUUUCUGCAUUAGGUCACAGGUCUCAUGGAGCCACUGACAUGAAGUUAACCACAUUUGGACUGUCCCAGAAAUUUGAGUUUGUUGCAAUUGGUGGACCAACUCAUGAUCCCUUACCACCUUUUCAGUGGAGCAAAUCUGACUUUUCUAAAGACCUACCACAUCAUGGUCACCCCGAUCUAUGGGUCUUCAAACCUGUUACCCAUCACUGGAAGUAGAAACCUUUUACAUUGUUAUCGAUGGACAUAUUUGAGAGAAGUUGAAGCUACAAGAAGAGACUUGAAAUAUUUAAAUUAAUUGAAUAUAUUAAAUGUGUACUGGAAUUAAUCAUUUUUGUAUAAAAAGGGGGAAUGAGAUUUAAUUUUGUUAAGAAAUAAAAAGCUAAAACUGAAUUAUGCUUUGAAGUUUUAAAUUAACCAACUACAUUUCGUAGUGCUAGGGCAAAAAUUAGAUAAAACGAUGUUAUUUGUUUUAUGUAUGUACAUAAUAAAAAAAAAA